UCAGUCUGAGAUUCUCAUCAUAAAAUGGAGUAUUUUUGGUUCUUACUUCUUAGAUGAGUUCUAUACGAUAAUAAAUGCAGGACAACAUUCAACUCGAUAAUAAAUGUAGAAUAAUUUAAUUUAACUUGCGAAGUAAAACUUAAAAAUAAACAUAAAGCCAAAAUGAGCAACCCACAAGAUGAACUGUGUCCUCCUCCAACAGAAGACGAUGAACUUACAUUACCGAGAGCUAGUAUAUACAAAAUAAUAAAAGAGCUUGUUCCUUCAAUUCGAGUUGCUAAUGAAAGUAGAGAGCUGAUAUUAAAUUGUUGUACGGAAUUCAUUCAUCUCAUAAGUUCAGAAGCUAAUGAAGUUUGUAAUCAGCGGAAUAAGAAAACCAUCAAUGCCGAUCAUGUCUUAGAAGCACUUGACAGACUUGGUUUUAGAGACUAUAAACACGAAGCUGAAGCUGUUUUGAAUAAUUGCAAAGAAGUUGCCGCAAAGCGCAGACGACAAAGUACAAGACUUGAACAUUUAGGCAUUCCAGAAGAGGAGCUCCUGAGACAACAGCAAGAACUUUUUGCAAAAGCAAGGGAAGAACAAGCCAGAGAAGAACAAGCUCAGUGGAUGAGUUUGCAAGCCACUGCAGUCCAACAUAGUGCUGAAUUGAUGCACAAGCAAAUGAAAGUAGCCCAAGGAACUCCAGAAGAUGAUGACGAUGAGGACGAUUACUAACUAAAUGAAAUCCGAUUUAUAACUCGUAUACAUUCAUUGCAUUGAAACUCGCUAGCCCAUACUUUCUGGCUUGCCUCAUUGCAUUGAAACUCGCUAGCCCAUACUUUCUGGCUUGCCUCGUGUAUAUUAAAAUUUGAAUUGUUUUAUGCUGUGGUUGCAUGGAAUUUCAGCAAUACAAACCAAAUGGAUACCUCUGAUAUGUAAACGGACGAAGUCGGUUUUUUAUUUUAAUUGACUGCAUUUGUACCCUACUUUUUUUUUUAAUAUGCAUUGAGCAUGAGUUCAGUUCACUUUUGAAUUUGACUGUUCCAUAGAUAAAAUGCACUCAAGGAAUAAUAAAAAAUGUUAGUUAAUCAAAAAUGCA